AUGACAGCUACCCAGAAACAUGACCUCUUCACACCAGAACCUCACUACAUCCCUGGCUAUGCCGGCUUCUAUCCACAGCUGCGUUACCAAGUGGGGAACACCUAUGGGCGCACCACAGCACAGCUGCUCACAGACCCCAGCGUGCAGAAGAGCCCAUGCUCCGUUCUCUCCCCUAUGUCCAAGCCCAGGUUCAUUGAGGACUUCAGCAAGUCUAAGCCCCCCUUUGUCCCUUGCCGGGACCUGAAUGAGCCCUAUAUCCCCCACUACUCUGGUUUGAAGCCAUACAAGAACUUUGAGAUCCUGGGCCAGCUCCCAGCCCAGGAGGUGGGCGCACAAGGGUCACCAGAGAACAUAUCCAGACAGGUUCUGCUGCCUGCAGGUUUCAUGCCCUAUCCUCCCUACCCCCCAUGCCCACCUGGCAGAAAGGGGUACUCUGGAGACUUGGGACACCCAGGCCUGCUGCUGGCACAUGGAGAAGAUGCCUGGAAGACCACUGCCCCUGUCCCUGAGAUUCCAGGGCAGUCCCAGCUGUACCACUGCAGGAGGGACGAGUAUCUGCCCCCACCCUACAGGCAGGAGACCCUGGAUGUGGGCAGAUUUCAGAGGCUGCCCCAGUUGGACCACCCCAACCUGAUCCAACGCAAGGCCAUCUCAGGCUAUGCUGGCUUCAUCCCACGGUUCACUUGGGUGAUGGGGAUGAAUUACCGCGAUGGAGUCACACAGGCUAUGGAUGAGUUCGACAAGAACCAGUUCCUGUUCAGAAAUCCAGUCUGUGCCUUGGGCGAGAGGUUGCCCAAGACCCACUGGCCAAACACCACCAUCUACAACAGCCAGGGCCUGAUCCCAUUCUACAUGGGCUUCAUCCCACACAUGCAGGACAACUAUGCACUGACCUUUGGCAACAGCACCCGCAAGGCCUACCGCAAGGAACUGGAGAGGCGAACCCACACACUGAAAAUGCUUUAAUGGUGGUGUCUGUACAGCAUGUGACGUUAGACAGAGGACAGCAAGUGCACAGUGAGAUAUGGCCUGCAGAACAGCUGAAUGAAUAAAGAGUUCACACUGCUUCCACGCUUCACAGACAACUCUAGGCCACCUCCUCCUCAGCCUCCUCCUCAAACUCGCCCUCCUCCUCCGCUGUGGCGUCCUGGUACUGCUGGUACUCAGACACCAGGUCGUUCAUGUUGCUCUCGGCUUCAGUGAACUCCAUCUCGUCCAUGCCCUCACCCGUGUACCAGUGCAGGAAAGCCUUGCGCCGGAACAUGGCAGUGAACUGCUCCGAGAUGCGCUUGAACAGCUCCUGGAUGGCUGUGCUGUUGCCGAUGAAGGUGGCGGACAUUUUUAGCCCCCGGGGUGGAAUGUCACAGACAGCUGUUUUCACAUUGUUGGGGAUCCACUCGACAAAGUAGCUGCUGUUCUUGUUCUGGACAUUAAGCAUCUGUUCAUCCACCUCCUUCAUGGACAUGCGGCCCCUGAACACAGCAGCCACCGUUAGGUAGCGGCCAUGGCGGGGGUCACAGGCGGCCAUCAUGUUCUUGGCAUCAAACAUCUGCUGGGUGAGCUCAGGUACCGUCAGGGCCCGAUACUGCUGGCUGCCUCUGCUGGUCAGGGGGGCGAAGCCGGGCAUGAAAAAGUGCAGGCGGGGGAAGGGCACCAUGUUCACAGCCAGCUUCCUAAGGUCAGCAUUGAGCUGGCCUGGGAAGCGCAGGCAGGUGGUGACCCCACUCAUGGUGGCAGACACCAGGUGGUUAAGGUCACCAUAGGUAGGUGUGGUCAGCUUUAGGGUUCUGAAGCAAAUGUCAUAGAGGGCUUCAUUAUCAAUACAAUAGGUUUCGUCUGUGUUUUCUACAAGCUGGUGGACUGAGAGAGUGGCAUUGUAGGGCUCGACCACUGUGUCCGACACUUUGGGGGAGGGCACCACACUGAACGUGUUCAUAAUCCUGUCUGGGUACUCUUCCCGGAUCUUGCUGAUGAGGAGGGUCCCCAUCCCAGACCCAGUCCCCCCACCCAGGGAGUGGGUCAGCUGGAAACCCUGCAGGCAGUCACAGCUCUCUGCCUCCUUCCUCACAACAUCCAGCACAGAGUCGACCAGCUCCGCGCCUUCUGUGUAGUGCCCCUUGGCCCAGUUGUUCCCAGCACCAC